CUUUGUUAAUCUCGUUCUGGUCGCUGGCUGCCUUUGGUGCCCAGGACUGGACGACCUGGUGCUCCAUCGCUAGCUCGAUCUGCUCGAUUGUCUUCCUCGUGCUGAUGCGCGAAGGCUCCAUCCCAAAUCUCUCGGCUCUGACUGGCUCGACCCAGGCUCCCGUUGUUGUCCCCGUGGGUGCCCAGCCUCCCGGCUCAGCUCCCGUAUAUGUCCAGGCUCCAGUCGCUGCCUCCGAGUAUCCUCAAGUUCCUGUUGCUGCCUCCGAGUAUCCUCAGGCCCCAGCUCCUAUCUCCGAGUAUCCUCAAGCUCCUGCCCCUGCUCCCGAGUAUUCUCAGAUUCCCGCUCCUGCUCCCGAGUAUGCUCAGGCCCAGGUUCCCGCUUCCGAGUAUCCUCAGGCCCAGGUUCCUGCUCCAGUGGAUGCCCAGGCUCCCGGUGGUCCCACGAUUCAAGUCCUCACCGAAGUUGCUCCAGCCAACGGCCCCACUGAUCGAGUCCAGAAGGGUGUUGACGGUCUCCUCCGCAAGGACCUCACCAAGACAUUCGGCGUCAGUGAGAAGCUGUCCAAGGUGGCUCAUGCCAGUAACGGCUGCUGUGGCUGUGGAAAGAUCACCACCGGUGUUGCGGUGAUCUCGAUCAUUGCUGUUUCAACCUUCAACGGCGUCGUCACCUCUGGCGUUGCCUCAAACAAGGUUCAGAUGGCAUCCGCCGGAAUCACUUACAGCAGCGCCGGUGGCAACUGGUGUUCGCAGUACCAGGCCGUGUAUGCCCAGUCGGGCUAUACGCUCUCGAGCGGCUGUUGCAACGCACUUAUGUCGGACCAGAACCAGCUGCUAUCCUGCGACAACUCCCUCAGCAAUAUCGGCUCCACUGAUCUGGCCCAGAACACCAACUUUGCGAACUGCGUUAAUCAAGCGACAAGCAUCAUCGGAAACAGCGGAGUCAACAGCAACAGUUUGGAUGUCGAUCUCAAGUACUCUGGCGCAGUGUUCCAGUGCUAUGGAUUGGUUGGUUACAGCGAUUGUGCUGCCUUUGGAACAGUGCUCUACAACGGCUGCUGAAGACCAGGGACGCACCAGCAAUCCUCCGGCUCUGUCGAGUUUCAUGAGCAGCCGGAUCAUGACACGCCCACCACCGCCUCUGCCAUCCUUCGUCACCAUGGCUUUCAACCUCGUUGGUUCUUUCUUUCUCUCCUCGGACUCUGUUUCUAUCGCCCCUGAACAUGGCUGUCUUUCAACUAUUCUUUCGCC